UAUGCUCCAGCUUGUCAACAUCCUUUCUGAGUUGUGCCCAGAACUGGACACAGUAUUCCAGAUGAUUUGCAAGUGAAGCUUCUGCUGAGUUUCUCCAGCUAGCUGCCACAAGAUGUUUAGCCCAAGUCAUGCAAACUGGGUAACUUUUGAAGAUGAACCUCUCUUCCAGUCUCCUCAAAAGGCAGGAGGAGGUCAUAAUGUGUGCAGAACAAAUGGCCUUAACCUCCAUCUGCCUAAGAUGCAUGAUUCUUCAAGCCAGUCAUCUUCAUCUAGCAAUAUUUCUCUUUCGUCUCCUGUAAAUGACUAUUACUUUAUUCCUGGCCCUCCUAGUAACUCUCCACUCUGUACACCCACCAAAGACUACCCUGCAAGCCCUUGCUUUCCAAAAUCAGGAUCACACCUUCUUUAUCCUAUUCCAGAGCUGUCAUCCAGCAUUAAUGUCCUUUUAGCUGGUCCACCGUCUCCUAUACUGGAUGAUGUAUCUCAAACUGAGCAUCACUCAGAGACCUCUGCACCUAAACCAGCAGAUGAUACAAAUGUUAUUCAAGACAACUUGAAGAAAUUGGAAGAUUGCUCAGAGUCUCAAACAUUUUUCCAGUAUGUUCACAAUGACUGUGCUUUUUCUAGCCCAUUUUGGACAGAGAAUUUACCUGGUGUGUCUUCAUUUAACACUGGUAUGUUAAAUCCCAGAAAGGAUUCAGAUCUUGAAAAAGACUGUUGCUCUUUGAAAGAAAAAGAAAGUUUGCCUAAUCAGAAAAGCCUCAAUCAGGGAUCCUUCAACUAUAUUUGUGAAAGGCUUGAGCACUUGCAAACUGGUUCUUCAGCUAAUGAAAGGACUUUGACUACAAUACCAUGCAUUUAUACUGGAGAUGGAAUUUCUUCAUUCAUUCCGCAUACCCUCUUCAGCAUCCAGAGAAAAGAUGGCUGGCCUUUCAUGUUGAGGAUUCCUGAAAAGAAAAAUAUGAUGUCAUCAAGGCAGUGGGGACCUAUAUAUCUUAGGGUUUUACCUGGAGGAAUCCUACAAAUGUAUUACGAAAAGGGACUUGAGAAACCCUUCAAAGAAUUCCAGCUGCAGCCAUUUUGCAAACUUUCAGAACCAAAACUAGAGAACUGCAGCAUCUCUGGGAGAAUCCAUACCGUGAAGAUUGAAUAUGUGUCAUACACAGAGAAAAAGAAGUACCAUCCUAAAGCUGAGGUAAUUCACGAACUGGAGAUAGAACAGAUGCUGAAGCUAGGAACUACUGAUUACAAUGAUCUCACAGACUUCAUGAUGAUAGUCGAGGAGGAGUUAAUGAAGCUUCCUGCUCCUUCAAAACCAAAGAGACAUUAUGAAGAACAAAAGAUAAUCUUGGAGGUAGUAGACAACUUUUGGGGAAGGAUCACUAAAGCAGAAGCAAAGCUGGUUGAAAGUUCUGUCAUCACUCAUAUUUAUUGCUUGGCUUUUGUCAAUGGAAACUUUGAGUGCUUUUUGACACUAAAUGACUUGGAGCUUCAAAGAAGAGAUGAGGAUUAUUUUGAGAAGGACACUGAAAAGAAAUGGAUUGAAAUCCUUGACUAUCAUUUCCAUCAAUGUGUAAAAAACCAAGAAUUUGAUCAGUCAAGGAUAAUUAAAUUUACUCCUACAGAUGGUUGUAGGCUAGAAUUAAUGCGUUUCAGGACGAGAUAUAAUGGACCUGACCUUCCUUUUUUUGUCAAAGCUUUGGUAGUAGUUCAGGGAGCUUAUGUUGAACUGCAGGCUUUCAUAAACAUGUCUUCUUCUGCUCUUGCUUCAGUACAUUCACAUUGCAUGAAACACUGUGAAAGUAUUAUGGUACACUUCCCUGUUCCGCCACAGUGGAUCAAAACUCUUUGGACCAUGAACCUCCAAAGGCAGAAGUCCCUGAAAGCAAAAAUGAACAGAAGAGCAUGUCUUGGCUCCUUAACUGAAAUUGAAUCUGACUCAGUAAUACAGGUUUCCAUCGGAACAGCCAAAUAUGAAAGUGCAUAUAGAGCCAUUGUGUGGAAGAUUGACAGACUCCCAGAUAAAUACACAAGUCCAGAUCAUCCACACAGUUUGUCUUACAAACUGGAACUUGGGUCAGAUCAGGAAAUUCCCUCUGAUUGGUAUCCCUAUGCCACAGUACAGUUUGUUGUGCUUGAUGCAUGCCCCUCUGGAACAGAAGUAAAAUCACUGGGCAUUGAGAAUGAUGUGCAGCCUCAAAAACAUGUGAUCCAGAAAGCAUAUUAUAAUUGCCAGUCCAAAUUCUACAAAUCGGUUAUGGAUGAUGUGAUCGAAGGAGUUCGGGAGGUCUUCAUGGAAGAAGGGGUCGAUGAACAGGUCCUGAAAGAGCUGAAGCGGCGCUGGGAAAGUAAGGUGAUGCAGUCGAAGGCGACAGAAGGCUUCUUCCGACACAGUCACAUUACACCACAGUUCACUUUGCAUCUGCCCCCCAAUUUCCACCAAACCUUGCAGACGUCAACAGGUGCUGUGGCUGGUAGAGGAAUUCAACAGUUUACUAUCUCAACAGCAACGACAACAUCAUCAUCCGCUGUGGAGCCUGCAGCUGAACUGGGCUCUUCUAGGGCUGGCGGUACAAUCCUUACUCUGCCUUCAGGCCUUACCUAUCCUAUUCAAAUACCUGCUGGGGUGACUCUGCAGACUGCUUCAGGACACUUAUAUAAAGUCAACAUGCCUGUGGUGGUCACUCAGGCCCCAGGAAAUGGCAGUGGUGUCCAGAGUCCAGUCCCACAAAUAUUCCAGCAGCCUGGGAAGGAGCCCUCCAUAUCCCAGUCUACCACAGAGGGUCCAGGGCAAGGAAACAGCUCUUCUGUUCAAGCAGCCAGCAAUGAAAACUCACAGGCCCUGAAGUCUGCUGUACCCCAGCAUGUAGGAAUGGAGGAGAAAGCGUUGCCAGCAGUUGAUGUCAUGCAGGAGGGUCUUGGAAGUCAGGAGAAAACUACAGUGGGGGUACUGGUAAGCUCCCAAUUAUGUAGCUCCCACGAGACUCCAAGGAACCCUGAAGUCUCAAGAGCUACUCCUGUCCCGAAGCUGCCAGAAUCAGACAGCACCGCAGCAACCACAGAAGCGAUGAGAGGCAGCCCUUCUGUUGGGGGUGAAUUGUCUGCAAACCUUGACCAGUCCCUGGAUCCAGAUGAUAUCAUUGAGUUGAUCAUCAUGGGCAAUGAGUUGGAUGACAGGACCUUCUUGCCCAGUGAAGCCAACCUGUCUUUUUCGGAAGAGCUCGAUACCAGUGUCCAGAUGGAACCUGAUUUGCAGGCUCCAAAGGAUAUAGCCAGUGACCUCAAAACUAUUAUUCAGCUGGAUGGAACAGGCGAUGCUUCUCCCAGGGCAGAAAUAGAAAGCCCACCAGAUGGGGAAGAUGAGGAGCUUGUUGGCAUCAUUGACACUGAAGAUCUGAAAGUCCUGGAUGAGGAAGAGGAAGAAGGUGAAAAUAGCACUUCAGACAAUCAGUCUCUCAGCAGCACCAGUGACACCGAUGACCCCUCUGUUGACAUCACCGAAGAGGACCCAUUAAAUUCUGGUGAUGAUGUUAGUGAGCAGGAAACACCGGAUGUGUUUGACACUGAUAAUAUAAUCGUGUGUCAGUAUGAUAAGGUUCAGCGAAGCAAGAACAGAUGGAAGUUCUAUCUGAAAGAUGGUGUGAUGUGCUUUGGGGGAAAGGACUAUGUUUUUUCCAAAGCUAUUGGAGACGCAGAAUGGUGAGAGGUUCUGCAAAAAUACUGCAGUGCUAUUAUUAUUAUUAUCUUAAUUAAACAAUGUACUGUAAUGUUCAGUGAGAGGAAACUGAAAAUUUUUUGUUCCGAAAUGCUGAAUGUGAAAAGAAAUUUCACAUAUGAUGUAUG